UGUCGUUUCAGUCGAUGUAAACAACAAUUCUCCAGUAGUAUACAUUUCUGUACAGCCACAGCAACAGCACUAGCAGCGAUAGUUAUUUAGCUAUCGAUAGUUAAGGGCCCAAUUGCGGUACUAUAAUAAAUAUAUUUUUAAAUCUUUCAAAUGGACUCAUCCGACGAUGCAUCGAAUGGCUUACUCGACUCCACUGCCGAACAACAGGACGACACGGAAUAUGAUGCAGAGUCCAUGGUCAACAUGUUCGAUGAGCUGAAAUUCUUGGAAGCGAUGCAGAAGUAUUUAUUGCAAAAUGCACAGCAUCAAGUGUCGUUCGUUAAUAACCUGACUGAGGUGUGGGAUUUCGAUCCGAGAAUGCGCCAAGCUUUCGCCUCAUUCGAGGCACUCGUCCAGGCAAACCCAACUGUUGACAACUGCUUGAAUCCGCGCCAUGAGGCACUCGUGAAGCUGGCCAACUCCAUGGCCAAGGCCGCAGCGACGAGACAGCGUAAAUCCAAGCGUAAACUUGCCACAGCGAUACGCAACAACCUCAUCAAAGCAGUUCUAUUCGUUGACCUGAGAGCCGAAUAUCUCCAGGAGCAGCUGAGGAUGCCCACGCACAUGCUGAGUCCGGAGAAGGCUUUGGAGUUGCUCGGCAUCUUGCCCAAGGAGAGCUCCGACUCCACAAUCUCCAGCUGCUCGAGCUCCCGCAGCAGCUCCUCCAGCUAUGAGCUGCUGGAUGCUGGCAACAGUAGCAGCUGCCGCAGCUCCAUGACGGCUGACAUGUCGGAUGCCGUGCGCUUCAAGUGCUACAAAAUGCUGUGCAACGCCCUGAAGAUCGGCGCAUUGGCCGAUGGUUGUGCCGAGUGCGAGCCAAAGGCCGUCGAGCUGGAGGCAGCCAUCUACGCGGAGUUCAACAAAGCGGACAAAAAUUACAAGCAGCGCAUUCGAUCGCGUGUGUCCAGUCUGAAGGAUCCGCUGAAUCCGGGACUGUGCAGCAGCUUCUUGUGCGGCGCCAUCUCGGUCGAGCAGCUGGCCGGCGAGCCCCAGGAGGGACAGCAACUGGGUUGAGACGACAAGCAGCUAUCGUUGCAAGUUCACACUGCAACACACACACACACACACACACACACAGUCCCAAACUUCGCACCAGGCGCUGAGUAGGCAAAGAACACACAAAAAAAAAAAAAAAAAACACCCACGUAUCCAAAUAGCAGCCACACCAACACAUAAUCCAUUAUUACAUUGUAAAGACUAGACUUGAAGUUUCAAUAAAGCAACCAAAAAAA